AUGUAUAAAAAUAAUGGUCAAGAUUAUACAGGAUUUGGUUUUGAGAUAGGAGGCCAUGACAUAAUUCCUUUAUAUGAUGUGCCUCAUUUGCUUAAAAAUCUGAGGAAUAAUUUAGUCUCUAAAGAUUUAAAUUUUGAAUAUGAUGGGAAAAACCAUACAGCUUCUUGGAAACAUACAAUCCAAUUUUAUGAACUCGACAAACGUCAAAGUACAGAAGGAGAUCGGUUAACACUCAAACUCACUGAUUGUCAUGUGUAUCCAGCUACACUGAAAAAAAUGAAAGGGGCUAAUGCAGCUCAAGUUUUUAGUCAACGCGUUGGAGCAAUUAUGAAACGAUUUGCUGAGAUGAAUAAAGAAAUUCCAAUAAUAAUAGGCCUUGAUGCUUCAGCACAAAGUACAGGGCAAUUGUGUUUAUUUAUGGAUAAGUUAUUUGAUAGUGCAAACGGUAACUCCAUUAAACUAGAACUUGGAAAAAAUUUAAGAUGUGCAGUUACAAGAAAUUCGUCUCAUUGGGAUUUUUGGCAAAAAGCAUUAAUUACUCUCAAUUCAAUGAAGUACAUAAAUACAAACAAAGCAAUUGUUCCUUCAAUUACUAAUUGGAUAAAGACAGUAAAGGGAAUUAUGCACAUUUGUAAACGACUUCUUGAUUGUGGCUUUGCAUUUGUAUUGUUGCAAAAUUUUAAUCAAGAUCCGAUUGAAAACUUUUUUGGUUCUAUUCGUAGUCAUGGAGUCAGGAAUAUAAAACCAACACCGGCUAUGUUUAUAUCAUCAUUUAAAGCAUUGUUAAUAAACAACUUCACGUCUAACCAUUCGGUAGGAUCAAACUGUGAAAAUGAUGAUUGUGAUGGUGCUUUGGAUAAUUUAAAGAAUUUCUUAAUUGAUGAAAUACCCCUAGAAGAAACUAUCAUUCAGAGUCCAACGGAGAGCAUGAUUGAAAUUGAAAUUCCAAAUGUUAAAAUACCCAGUUCUAAUUCUCAAGUGAAUUCUGGAAGUAGAGCUUAUGUUGCUGGAUGGCUAACGAGGAUGAAUUACAAAAAAAAACAAAAGACUACAAAUACAGUUGCUGAAAUUAUCAAUUUGGUGCAAUCAUGGGAUGUUUAA